CCCGCGGCCCUCCCCGCGCUGCCUCUCGAACCUCUGCCAUGGGUGUCGGCCGCAGGGAGCCGGUGCCGCUCUGGGCCCUGGCCCUCUCCCUGGGCCUGGCCUGCGCCCAGCACACAGGCGAUGCCCUCCGCGGGGUGACCAUCCUCCCGCCUCCGAGGACCGCCCCCGUGGUGCGCGCCCUGAGCCCGGCGCACGGCGGCCGGGUGUGCAGCACGUGGGGCGACUUCCACUACAAGACCUUCGACGGCGACGUGUUCCGCUUCCCCGGCCGCUGCAACUACGUCUUCUCGGCGCACUGCGGGGCCGCCUACGAGGACUUCAACGUGCAGCUGCGCCGCGGCCUGGCCGGCGCCCGGCCCACCAUCACCCACGUGGUGCUCCGGGCGCAGGGGCUGGUGCUGGAGCUGUCGGGCGGCGCCGUCCUCAUCGACGGGCGGCGGGAGCAGCUGCCCUACAGCCGGGCCGGCCUGCUGGUGGAGCGCAGCAGCGACUACCUCAAGGUCAGCGUGCGGCUGGCGCUCACCUUCCUGUGGAACGGAGCAGACAGCGCCCUGCUGGAGCUGGACCCCAAGUACGCCAACCAGACGUGCGGGCUCUGCGGGGACUUCAACGGGCUCCCGGCCGUCAGCGAGUUCUACGCCCACAACGCCAGGCUGACACCGCUGCAGUUCGGGAACCUGCAGAAGCUGGACGGGCCCACAGAGCAGUGCCAGGACCCCCGGCCCGGCCCGGAGGACAACUGCACGGACACGGAGGACCUCUGCCGCCGCACGCUGCUGGGCCCGGCCUUCGCCCAGUGCCACGGGCUGGUGGCCGCCGACGCGUACGUGGCCGCCUGCGCCCAGGACCUGUGCCGCUGCCCCACCUGCCCCUGCGCCACCUUCGCCGAGUACUCCCGCCAGUGCGCCCACGCCGGGGGGCAGCCGCGGGACUGGAGGGGCCCGGACCUCUGCCCCCGGACCUGCCCGCUCAACAUGCAGCACCGGGAGUGCGGCUCGCCCUGCGCCGACACCUGCUCCAACCCCGAGCACUCCCAGCUCUGCGAGGACCACUGCGUGGACGGCUGCUUCUGCCCCCCAGGCACGGUGCUCGAUGACGUCGCCGGCUCCGGCUGCCUGCCCCUGCAGCGCUGCCCCUGUGCCCACGGCGGCCGCACCUAUGCGCCAGGGGAGUCCUUCACCACCAGCUGCAGCUCCUGCACCUGCUCCGGGGGACGGUGGCAGUGCCAGGACCUGCCCUGCCCGGGCACCUGCUCCGUCCAGGGCGGCUCCCACAUCACCACCUACGACGAGAAGCUCUACGACAUGCAUGGCGACUGCAGCUACGUCCUGUCCAAGAAAUGUGUGGACGGCGGCUUCACGGUGCUGGCCGAGCUGCGGAAGUGCGGCCUGACCGACAACGAGAACUGCCUCAAGACGGUGACCCUGAGCAUGGACGGCGGGGACACGGUCAUCCGCAUCCAGGCCAACGGCGGGGUCUUCAUGAACUCCAUCUUCACCCAGCUGCCCGUGUCCGCAGCCAACAUCACCAUGUUCCGGCCCUCGACCUUCUUCAUCCUGGUGCACACGGGCCUCGGGCUGCAGCUAGAGGUGCAGCUGGUGCCCCUCAUGCAGCUGGUGCUCAGGCUGGACCCCGCCCACCGCGGCCAGAUGUGCGGCCUCUGCGGGAACUUCAACCAGAACCAGGCGGACGACUUCCUCAGCCUCAGCGGCGUGGUGGAGGGCACGGCCGCCGCCUUCGCCAACACCUGGAAGACCCAGGCCGCCUGCCCCAACGUCAGGAGCAGCUUCGAGGACCCCUGCGCCCUGAGCGUGGAGAACGAGAACUACGCCCAGCACUGGUGCUCCCUGCUCACCGACCCCGCGGGCGCCUUCGCACCCUGCCACCCCGUCAUCAAUCCCGCACCCUUCCACGCGAACUGCCUGUUCGACACGUGCAACUGCGAGAGGAGCGAGGACUGCCUGUGCGCCGCGCUGUCCGCCUACGUCCGCGCCUGCGCCGCGCGGGGCGUGCUGCUGCGCGGCUGGAGGGCCGGCGUGUGCACCAAGUACAUGAGCGCCUGCCCCGAGUCCCAGCGCUACGCCGACGUGGUGGCCGGCUGCCAGCCCACCUGCCGCGCGCUGGGCCAGGCCGACGUCACCUGCGGUGUCAGCUUCGUGCCCGUGGACGGCUGCACCUGCCCCGCCGGCACCUUCCUGGACGACGCGGGCCGCUGCGUGCCCGCCGAGGCCUGUCCCUGCUACCACGGCGACAGCGUGGUGGCGCCCGGGGAGGUGGUGCACGACCACGGCGUGGUGUGCUCGUGCGCGAGCGGGAAGCUGAGCUGCCUGGGCGCCGAGGAGCAGACCAGCACAGACUGCGUGGCCCCCAUGGUGUACCUGGACUGCCGCAACGCCUCGGCCGGCACGCCGGGCGCCGAGUGCCUCCGGAGCUGCCAUACGCUGGACGUGGACUGCUUCAGCACUCACUGCGUGUCCGGCUGCGUCUGCCCCCCGGGGCUGGUGUCCGACGGGAGCAGGGGCUGCGUGGCCGAGGAGGACUGCCCCUGUCUGCACAACGACGCCGCCUACAGGCCCGGGGACACCAUCAGGGUCGACUGCAACACCUGCACCUGCCGGAGCCGCAAGUGGGAGUGCAGCCGCCGGCCCUGCCUGGGCACCUGCGUGGCCUACGGGGACGGCCACUUCAUCACUUUUGACGGCGAGCGGUACAGCUUCGAGGGCAGCUGCGAGUACACGCUGGCCCAGGACUACUGCGGGGGCAACAGCAGCAGCAACGGCACCUUCCGCAUCGUCACCGAGAACAUCGCCUGUGGGACCACGGGCGCCACCUGCUCCAAGGCCAUCAAGCUCUUCCUGGAGAACUACGAGCUGCUCCUCCACGAGGGCACCUACAAGGUGCUGCAGCGGGGGCCGGGCGCAGACCUGCCCUACAGGGUCCGCUACAUGGGCACCCACCUGGCCAUCGAGACCCGCAGCGGCCUGGUCCUGUCCUGGGACCGCAGGACCAGCGUGUUCAUCCGGCUGCACCAGGACUACAAGGGGCGGGUGUGCGGGCUGUGCGGGAACUUCGACGACAACGCCGGCAACGACUUCACCACGCGCAGCCAGUCCGUGGUGGGCGGCGCUCUGGAGUUCGGCAACAGCUGGAAGUUCUCCCCCACCUGCCCCGACGCCCCGGCCCCCCGGGACCCCUGCACCGCCAACCCCUACCGCAGGUCCUGGGCCCAGCGGCAGUGCAGCCUCCUCAACAGUGCCACCUUCCGGGCCUGCCACGCCCACGUGGAGCCGGCCCCGUACUACGAGGCCUGCGUGAGCGACGCGUGCGCCUGCGACUCGGGCGGCGACUGCGAGUGCUUCUGCACGGCCGUGGCCGCCUACGCCCAGGCCUGCCGCGACGCGGGCGUGUGCGUGGCCUGGCGCAGCCCGGACGUCUGCCCCCUGUUCUGCGACUACUACAACCCCGAGGGCCAGUGCGAGUGGCACUACCAGGCCUGCGGGGCGCCCUGCCUGCGGACCUGCCGGAACCCCCGCGGACGCUGCCUGAUGGACCUGCCGGGCCAGGAAGGCUGCUACCCAAAGUGCCCGCCCAGCAAGCCGUUCUUCAGUGAGGACCAGAUGAGGUGUGUGGCCCAGUGUGGCUGCUACGAUGACGACGGGAACUACUACGAUGUUGGUGCUAAGGUGCCCACAGCAGAGAACUGCCAGAGCUGUGACUGCACCCCUGGGGGCCUCCGAUGCGCGUACAGCCUGGAGGGUAAGGAGGGGUCCGGUUGGUGGGGUGGGGUUGGGGGCUGGGCCCCCCGCGGAGCGCUGCACCUGCCCCCUCCCGCAGCCUGCAAGUGCACCUACGAGGGCAGGACCUACGGCUUCGGGGAGGUCAUCUACAACACGACCGACGGGCUCGGCGCCUGCCUGGUGGCCGUCUGCGGCAGCAACGGGACCAUCUCGCGGAGGACCGUGGAGUGUCCCGAAGCCCCGACCACCACGCCCUUCACCUUCACCUCCACGGUGACCCCACCCUUCACCACAGGUCCGGUCCCCACGCUCUCCACCGUGUGCGUGCGAGAGCUGUGCCGCUGGUCCCCCUGGUACGACAGCGGCCGCCCAGAGCCGGGCAUGGGAGGCGGGGACUUCGAGACGUUUGCGGACCUGAGGCAGAGGGGCCACCAGGUGUGCCCAGCGCCGGCCCGGGUCGAGUGCCGUGCCCGGCGGCUGCCGGACGUGCCCCUGGAGCAGCUGGGCCAGAAGGUGGAGUGCAGCCCGCUGCUCGGGCUCCGGUGCCUCAACAGCGAGCAGAGCCCCCCGCUGUGCCACAACUACGAGCUGCGGGUCCUCUGCUGCGACUACGUGCCAUGCGGCACGCCCCCGGGCACCAGCCCCGAGCCCGCCCCCUCGCCCCCGCACACCUCCCCCACCCGGGCAACGUCGGCCGUGGCCUCCCGGACGACAGAGCCGCCGGCAGCGAGCAGCGCCCAGGCCACGGGCACCGCCUGCCAGCCCCGAUGCCAGUGGACGCAGUGGUUCGAUGAGGAUUACCCCAAGUCCGAGGAGGCCGGGGGCGACAUCGAGUCUUACGACAGGAUCCGGAGUGCUGGCGGCCAGGUGUGCGAGCGGCCGCAGGGCAUCGAGUGCCGCGCGGUGAACUUCCCGGACCGGAGGCCCGAGGAGCUGGGCCAGCUGGUGCACUGCGACCCCAGCUUCGGCCUGGUCUGCAGGAACGACGAGCAGGUGGGCCCGUUCAAGAUGUGCUACAACUACAGGAUCCGCCUGCUGUGCUGCAGCCGCGGCCACUGCGGGGAGCCCACCGCCAGCCCAGCCACAGCCAGUGUCAUCCCAGCCACAUUCAGUGCCAUCCCUGCCACAGCUACUGCCUCCUUCACCACCACCAGCACCACCACAUCCGCCACCUCCCCCGCCACCGCGGAAGCCACCAGCAGCCAGGGCACGACUGCCUGCGAGCCCAGGUGCGAGUGGACAGAGUGGUUUGACGUGGACUUCCCCACCUCGGGGGUCACGGGCGGAGACAUGGAGACCUUCGACAACAUCAGGGCGGCCGGCGGCAAGAUGUGCCGGGAGCCGCAGAAGAUCGAGUGCCGCGCGGAGAGCUACCCGGACCGGAGGCCCGAGGAGCUGGGCCAGCUGGUGCACUGCGACCCCAGCUUCGGCCUGGUCUGCAGGAACGACGAGCAGGUGGGCCCGUUCAAGAUGUGCUACAACUACAGGAUCCGCCUGCUGUGCUGCAGCCGCGGCCACUGCGGGGAGCCCACGCCCGCCCCCGCCAGCACCGCCACCGCCGCCACCACCACAGCCACUGCCCCCACCACAGCCACUACCUCCUCCACUGCCACCGCCUCCUCCACUGCCACCACCUCCUCCACUGCCACCGCCUCCUCCACUGCCACCACCGCCGCCACAGCCACUGCCACAGCCACUACCUCCUCCACUGCUACCACCACAGCCACUGCCACCCCUCGCCAGCCCAGCCACAGCCAGUGCGAGUGGACAGAGUGGUUUGACGUGGACUUCCCCACCUCGGGGGUCACGGGCGGAGACAUGGAGACCUUCGACAACAUCAGGGCGGCCGGCGGCAAGAUGUGCCGGGAGCCGCAGAAGAUCGAGUGCCGCGCGGAGAGCUACCCGGAGGUGAGCCUGGACCAGAUCGGGCAGGUGGUGAGCUGCAGCCUGCAGGCCGGGCUGGUGUGCAGGAACCGGGACCAGAGGGGCCCGUUCACCAUGUGCUUCAACUACAACGUCCGCGUGCUCUGCUGCGACGGCGCCGGCCGCUGCCCCGCCUCCCCCACGCCGCCGCCCGCGCCAUCCACCCCGGGCCUGCCCUCGACGGCCGCCACGUCCGGCGCCCCCCACACAGCCACCCUGGCCACCUCCCCCGUACGGACCACACCUGGGACCUCGGCCACCAGGUCCACCGUGCGGACCCCCCUGCCCUCCAGCUCCGUCUCGCCUGCCCCAGCAUCCUCGACGACGGGGGCCUGUGUGCCGCAGUGCGCCUGGACUGACUGGUUCGACGUGGACUACCCCUCGCCCGGCCGCAGUGGCGGCGACUUUGAGACCUACGCCAACAUCCGGGCGGCCGGCCGGCCCGUCUGCGAGCGGCCCCAGGGCUUGGAGUGCCAGGCAACGUCGCUGCCCGACGUGCCCCUGGAGCAGCUGGGCCAGGUGGUGCUGUGCCGGCUGGAGGAGGGCCUGGUGUGCCGCAACCGCGACCAGGACGGCUGGUUCAAGAUGUGCUUCAACUACCAGAUCCGCGUGCUCUGCUGUGACGACUACAGCCACUGCCCCAGCACGGCCAUGACCACCGGCUCGGCCACGCCCACCGGCUCGGCCACGCCCACCGAUUCGGCCACGCCCGCCGGCACGUCCAGGACCACCAGCACGGCCACGCCCAUCAGCACCGGCCAGCAGACUUCUGGGGCCACCAACCAGUCACUCCCCCCGUCCCCCAGCAACAAAGACAGGAUCACCGUCCCCACCACUGAGACUGGGCCCUCUACUGCCAGGACCACCCAGAGCGUCCCGCCCACCCAGAGGCCUCGCACCUCCCUCAGGACCACCGAGUGGCCCCCUGUCCCAAGCCCCUCUGCCUCCCCCGGGACCCUGACCACAACUGCCAGGCCAGCCUCAUCCAGUGCCCCCCACACGACACGCCUGCUCACCACCCCCACACGGACCUCCCUGCCCGCCAGCUCCCUGAAGCCAACCGUGACCUCCACCACCUCCGUGACCUCCACCAGCCCCGGGGCCUGCCAGCCGCGCUGCACGUGGACAGACUGGCUCGACGAGGACUACCCCACCCCCGGCCCCGACGGCGGGGACUUUGAGACGCUCUCGGCCCUCCGCUCGGCCGGCCACGACUUCUGCGAGCAGCCUCAGGACAUCGAGUGCCGGUCAGAAAAGGCGCCGGACGCGAGACUGGAGGACCUGGGCCAGGUUGUGCAGUGCGACGUGGGCUCCGGGCUGGUGUGCCGCAACCGUGACCAGCGCGGCCGGUUCAGGAUGUGCCUCAACUACCACGUGCGCCUGCUCUGCUGCGACGACUACCGCCACUGCCCCUCUCCCGCCCCGGGGACCACCACGGCGGCCCCCUCCGCGCCUCCCGGGAGCACCCCCGCCCCCGGGACGCCCACCACCAGGGCCACCUCCAGCCCAGGGCCCAGCUCCAGGGCCUCUUCAUCGUCCCCCGUCCCCCUGACCACCACCUCCCUGCCAAGCACCACCCCGGGCCCUUCACCAGUCGCCCCCACGGCCACACGCUCCACGAUUGAGGUCCGGACCUCGCUCACCCCGCCCUCCAGCCCCGUGACCUCAGGGGCCACGCCCACUGCCUGCCAGCCUCGCUGCGCCUGGACCGGCUGGCUGGACCAGAGCUACCCCAUGCCCGGGGCCUCCGGGGGGGACUUUGAGACCUACGCCAACAUGCGGGCGGCCGGCCGGCCCGUCUGCGAGCGGCCCGAGGGCCUGGAGUGCCGCGCUGAGAGGCUGCCCGACGUGCCCCUGGAGCAGCUGGGCCAGGUGGUGCAGUGCCGGCUGGAGGAGGGCCUGGUGUGCCGCAACCGCGACCAGCCCGGCGUCUUCAAGAUGUGCUUCAACUACCAGAUCCGCGUGCUCUGCUGUGACGACUACCGCCACUGCCCCAGCACGGCCACGCCCACCGGCACGGCCACGCCCACCGGCAUGGCCACGCCCACCAAGACGGCCAGGCCCACAGGCACAGCCAAGCCCACCGGAACGGCCACGCCCACCAGCACGACCACUCCUACCAGUACGGCCACUCCUACCAGCACGGCCACUCCCACCAGCACAGCCUCGCCCACCAGCAAGACCAUGCCAACCAAGACGGCCACAACCACCAGUACAGCCAUGCCCACCAAGACGGCAAUGCCCACCAAGACGGCCAGGACCACAGGCACAGCAACGCCCACCAGCACGGCCACGCCCACCAGCACGACCACUCCUACCAGUACGGCCACUCCUACCAGCACGGCCACUCCCACCAGCACGGCCACGCCCACCAGCACAGUUAUGACCACCAGCACCAAGCUCAUGACCUCACCCACCAGCACGGCCAUAACCACCAGCACAGCCACGCCCACCAGCACGGCCACGCCCACCAGCACAGUUAUGACCACCAGCACGCCCAUGACCUCACCCACCAGCACGGUCAUGCCCACCAAGACGGCCAGUUCCACAGGCACAGCCAUGCCCACCAGCACGACCACUCCUACCAGCACGGCCACUCCCACCAGCACAGCCUUGCCCACCAGCAAGACCAUGCCAACCAAGACGACGGCCAGGACCACAGGCACAGCCACGCCCACCAGCAAGGCCAUGACCACACCCACCAGCUUGGCCACAGGUUCCCCGACUGAGGUCCGGACCUCGCUCACCCCGCCCUCCCGCCCCGUGACCUCAGGGGCCACGCCCACUGCCUGCCAGCCUCGCUGCGCCUGGACCGGCUGGCUGGACCAGAGCUACCCCAUGCCCGGGGCCUCCGGGGGGGACUUUGAGACCUACGCCAACAUGCGGGCGGCCGGCCGGCCCGUCUGCGAGCGGCCCGAGGGCCUGGAGUGCCGCGCCGAGAGGCUGCCCGACGUGCCCCUGGAGCAGCUGGGCCAGGUGGUGCAGUGCCGGCUGGAGGAGGGCCUGGUGUGCCGCAACCGCGACCAGCCCGGCGUCUUCAAGAUGUGCUUCAACUACCAGAUCCGGGUGCUCUGCUGUGACGACUACCGCCACUGCCCCAGCACGGCCACGCCCACCGGCACGGCCACGCCCACCGGCACGGCCACGCCCACCAGUACAGUCAUGCCCACCAAGACGGCCAGUUCCACAGGCACAGCCAUGACCACCAGCACGGCCACGCCCACCAGCACGACCACUCCUACCAGUACGGCCACUCCCACCAGCACGGCCACUCCCACCAGCACGGCCACGCCCACCAGCACAGUUAUGACCACCAGCACACCCAUGACCUCACCCACCAGCACGGCCACUCCCACCAGCAUGGCCACGCCCACCAGUAUAGCCAUGCCCACCAGCACGGCCAUGCCCACCAAGACGGCCAGUUCCACAGGCACAGCCAUGACCACCAGCACGGCCAUGCCCACCAAGACGGCCAGUUCCACAGGCACAGCCAUGACCACCAGCACGGCCAUGCCCACCAAGACGGCCAGUUCCACAGGCACAGCCAUGACCACCAGCACGGCCACGCCCACCAAGACGGCCAGUUCCACAGGCACAGCCAUGACCACCAGCACGGCCACGCCCACCAGCACGGCCACGCCCACCAGCACAGUUAUGACCACCAGCACAGCCAUGCCCACAAAGAGGGCCACGCCCACCAAGAUGGCCAGGACAACAGGCACAGCCACAACCACCAGCACAGCCACGCCCACCAGCACAGUUAUGACCACCAGCACACCCAUGACCUCACCCACCAGCACGGCCAUGCCCACCAAGACGGCCAGUUCCACAGGCACAGCCAUGCCCACCAGCACGACCACUCCUACCAGCACGGCCACUCCCACCAGCACAGCCUUGCCCACCAGCAAGACCAUGCCAACCAAGACGGCCAGGACCACAGGCCCAGCCAUACCCACCGGCACGGCCAAGCCCACCAGCAUGGCCACGCCCACCAGCAUGGCCACUCCCACCAAGACGGCCAGGACCACAGGCACAGCCACGCCCACCAGCAAGGCCAUGACCACACCCACCAGCUUGGCCACAGGUUCCCCGACUGAGGUCCGGACCUCGCUCACCCCGCCCUCCCGCCCCGUGACCUCAGGGGCCACGCCCACUGCCUGCCAGCCUCGCUGCGCCUGGACCGGCUGGCUGGACCAGAGCUACCCCAUGCCCGGGGCCUCCGGGGGGGACUUUGAGACCUACGCCAACAUGCGGGCGGCCGGCCGGCCCGUCUGCGAGCGGCCCGAGGGCCUGGAGUGCCGCGCCGAGAGGCUGCCCGACGUGCCCCUGGAGCAGCUGGGCCAGGUGGUGCAGUGCCGGCUGGAGGAGGGCCUGGUGUGCCGCAACCGCGACCAGCCCGGCGUCUUCAAGAUGUGCUUCAACUACCAGAUCCGGGUGCUCUGCUGUGACGACUACCGCCACUGCCCCAGCACGGCCACGCCCACCGGCACGGCCACGCCCACCAGCAUGGCCAUGACCACGCCCACCAGCACAGCCAUGACCACGCCCACCAGCACAGCCAUACCCACCAAGAUGGCCAGGACCACCGGCAUGGCCACGCCCACCGGCACGGCCACGCCCACCAGCACAGCUAGACCCACCAGCACGGUUAUGCCCACCAGCACGGCCACGCCCACCAGCACGGCCACGCCCACCACCCCCUGCCGGUGCCUGGCGUUUGGACAGCUCUUCUUACCAGGGGACGUGGUGUACAACAGGACGGACCUGGCCGGCUGCCACUUCUACGCCGUCUGCAACCAGCAGUGCGAGCUCGACCGCUACCAGGGCGCCUGCCCCACCUCCUUGCCCCCGGAGCCCCCGACCACGACCUGGGUGCCCCUGACCACGCCAACUCCCGGCUGUGACCUCGCGGACCCUCCCCGGCAGGUGAACGAGUCGUGGACGCUGGAGGACUGCACGGUGGCGCGGUGCGAGGGCGACAACCACAUCGUCCUGCUGGAGCCGCAGCCCGUGGCCCCGGUCUCCUGUGUGAACGGGUACCUGCCCGUCAAGGUGCCGAGCCCGCAGGAGCCCUGCCGCUUCCACUACGAGUGCGAAUGCUCCUGCAGCAGCUGGGGGGACUCCCACUUCGUCACCUUCGACGGCACCCCCUACACCUUCUGGGACAACUGCACGCACGUGCUCAUGAGGGAGAUCCGGCCGCGCCACGGGAACCUCAGCGUCCUCCUGGACAACCAGCACUGCGGGGCCCCCGCCUCCGCCCCCGCCCGCUGCCCCCGCGCCCUGCGCCUGCGCUACGCGUCCUCGGAGGUCGUCCUCACCACCGAGCCGGCCGCCAGCGGGCAGGAGGGCCUGGUCCUGUUUGACGGCGUGCGGGUGAGCCACGGCUUCAGCCAGAACGGCGUGAGCGUGUCCAUGCCGGCGAGCGCCGCGAUGCGCGUGGACAUCCUGGCCAUCGGGCUCAGCAUCACCUUCGACGGGCAGGCCUUCCAGCUCCGGCUGUCCUACGGCCUCUUCGGCCACAACACCGAGGGCCAGUGCGGCACCUGCACCAACAGCCAGACGGACGACUGCCGCCUGCCGGAUGGCACCAUCGCCCCCACCUGCCAGGACAUGGCCAGCGCCUGGCUGGUCCCCGAGACCGACAAGGAAGGCUGCUGGGCCCCCACAGGCCCACCCGUGACCACCAGACCCCCCUCGCCGGCGCCCACCACGCCCGCCCCCACCCCGUGCCCCCCGCAGCCCCUCUGCGAGCUGAUGCUGAGCCACAUCUUCGCCGAGUGCCACGACCUCAUCCCGCCCAGCCUGUUCUUCCGCGCCUGCGUCCAGGACGCCUGCCGGGCUGACCGCCCCGGGGUGGCCUGCCAGAGCCUGGAGGCCUACGCGGCGCUCUGCCGGGCCCGGGGCGCCUGCAGCGACUGGCGAAACGCCACGGGCGGGCUGUGCGAGCUGCCCUGCCCACACGGCAAGGUGUACAAGCCCUGCGGCCCCCUGCAGCCCGCCUCCUGCGACGCCAGGACCCAGCGCCCCCAGAGCGCGGCGCUGGCGGAGGGCUGCUUCUGCCCCGACGGCCGGACCCUCUUCAACGCCCACACGGACCUCUGCGUGCCCGAGUGCCCCUGCGUGGGGCCAGAUGGGUUCCCCAAAUUUCCUGGAGAGCGGUGGCUCAGCAACUGCCAGGACUGCGUGUGCGACGCGGGCUCGGUGUCAGUGCAGUGCACGCCCGUGCAGUGCGAGGCCCGGGAGCUGCCCCGGGAGUGCGGCCUGGCGGGCUUCGUGGCUGUGACCAGGCCGCUGGCAGACAAGCCGUGCUGCCUGGAGACGCUGUGCGUCUGCAACACGACCAGCUGCCCCCAGCGCGCCCCGACAUGUGGGCCCGGAGAGGAGCUGGUCCCCGCCCAGGAGGAGGGCGGCUGCUGCCACUCCUUCCGCUGCCGGCCCAAGCUGUGCGCCUACAAUGACACCGUCUACGGGGUCGGUGCAACCUUCCCCGCGACCACUCCCUGCCACACGUGCACCUGCCUGUCCGUGGACUCCCAGGAGCCCACCGUGCACUGUGAGGAGGACGCCUGCAACGAAACCUGUGCCCCGGGUUCCGAGUACUUGGCGGUGGCCGGGCAGUGCUGCGGGGAGUGCGUGCAGAGGGCCUGCCCCACGCCGGACGGCGGGCUGGUCCAGCCCAACGAGACCCGGGUCAACAGCCUGGACAACUGCACCGAGUACCUCUGCCAGGACGAGCGCGGGGUCCCCGUGCUGACCCUCAGGCCGUUGCCCUGCCCAGACGUGUCCAGCUGCAAGGGCAUCCUCAGGAAAACUGGCUGCUGCUACUCCUGCGAGGAAGUGGACUCCUGCCAGCCCCGAGUCAACCAGACGGUGCUGCGGCUCCAGGGCUGCGAGGCCCCCGUCAACCUCACCUUCUGCGAGGGCUCCUGCCCCGGAGAGUCCCGGUACUCCCUCGAGGCCCAGGCCAUGCAGCGCCGCUGCACCUGCUGCCAGGAGACCAGGGCCCACGAGGAGGCCGUGACCCUGCAGUGCCCCGACGGGACGGCCGUCCGGCACACUUACACCCACAUCGACGAGUGCAGGUGCGACCUGGCCUGCGUGCCCCCGCCGGCCGCUCCCCAGCAAAGCCAGACAGACUUCAUUGCCUGACCCCAGCACCGCCCCCCCC